UCUCCGCCUUCUUUGUCAUAUGUUACACAACCGUUUGUAUUUUAGAAUACUUGUGCUUUGUGUUUGAAGGACUUCUUUCUUCCUUCUAAGCACAUAUUCUUUCCUCGUUAUCAUGAACCUGAAAGCUGUGCUUAUUGUUUUGGCUGUGGCACUGGUAACUAUCUUGGCACUGGUUUCUGUUUUACUGUCGGGAGCAGGAAAGUCUACAGAAAGCUGUUCUUCUAAACCGCAGCAUGGAAAUCUUAAAUCCAAUGUGGCACAACAGAAAAGUGACAAAGCCUCAGUAUUUUCCGACCUGACACCAGAAGAGUUCUCUGCAACUGUUGACUACCUGAAAAAAAAUCUAGGCAAGAACUUCAUCAAUGCAGCUGAUGCAAAACCUACAGAAAAUUGUAUUUACUAUGUUGAUAUUAAAUACCCCCCAAAACAACAGGUACUAAAUUACUUAGAUCGAGGGGGAGAAAAUCCUAAACGGGAAGCUCUUGCUGUUGUUUUCUUUGGAGAUCAAGAGGAACCUAACAUUACAGAAUAUGUGGUAGGUCCCCUUCCCAAUCCAUCGUACUACCAUGACAUCACAUUGGAAAAAUACAAAGAAAAACUUCCUUAUUACCGCCGUCCUAUGAUUGGUAAAGAGUAUGUUGAUGCUUAUGAUUUAGUGUAUCAAAAUGAAUUUUCUAUGGCACCAACUUUUUUAAAAGCCCUUGGGUAUGAUGGAUCCAAUUUUGCUGCUCUUACCACAGUUCCAAGAGGUUUCAAAUCUGGAGAUAGAAGCACCUGGUUUGUUUUAUUUCUUAAAGUGGAAGAAAGCUGUUUUGCUGUCCAACCAGUUGGACUGGAGAUACUUCUGGACCACAAAAGUAUGGAUAUCUCAAAGUGGAAAGUAACAAAAGUCUUCUACAAUGGUGCUUACUUCUUGAAUAUGGCUGAUCUGGAGAAACAAUUCAAUGCAGGGAAAGUUGAAGUAAUAGAAAUUAAAAACGUUAAAACAGAAAAUGAUAUUGGCUCUAUGAUCCCAAAGGUCCCUACUCAACCUGGAGCACCCUUGCAAUUCAACCCAGCUGGUCAUCGGUACACAGUCCAUAAGAACCAAGUUACUUUCCAAUCAUGGAGCUUUACAUAUGGCAUGAAUGUAAACUCUGGUUUGCGCCUUUUUGAUAUCCGAUUUAACAAUGAACGGAUUGCAUAUGAAAUUAGUACUCAAGAAGCAAUUGCAAUUUAUGGCUCUAAUGCACCAGGGGGGAUGAUCACCAGAUACCUGGAUGGCAGCUUUGGAAUUGGAAGAUUCUCAUUCGAAUUAGUAAGGGGUGUUGAUUGUCCUUAUCUUGCCACUUAUAUUGAUGCUCAUUAUCUAAUGGAAUCUGAAACCCCUGACACAAAUAAGAAUGCCAUAUGCAUUUUUGAACAAAACUUGGGUGUACCCCUUAGACGACACUAUUCCAAUAUGCACUCCAUGUAUUAUGGAGGACUCCCCAGCACUGUUUUGAUUGUCCGAGCCGUUUCAACUCUCAUUAAUUAUGAUUAUGUUUGGGAUUUCAUCUUCUAUCAAAAUGGAGUCAUUGAAGCAAAAAUGCAUGCUACAGGAUAUAUCAGCUCUUCUUUCUACUUUGCGGAUGGAAAGGAGUAUGGCUCAAGAGUUGGAGAACAUACAUUGGGAACACUUCACACACAUUUUAUCAAUUACAAAGUGGAUUUAGAUGUUGGAGGAGUUGAAAACUCAGUUAUGACUCAAGAUAUGCAGUUUAAUCCUGUGAAUAUACCAUGGCAACCAGAGGUCAAGAUACAGCGUCCAAAGGUGGUACGAAGCAUACUAGAGACAGAGAACCAAGCAGCAUUUGAACUGCACGCCAAGGCACCACGUUAUAUCCACUUCUCAAGCAACACAACUAACAAAUGGGGUCAUCCUCGUUCCUACAGGGUCCAGAUUUUCAGCUUUGCUGGUGACUUCUUGCCAGAAGAAAGUCCAGUUGAGAAAGCAAUGGGAUGGGCACGGUACAAGUUGGCAGUGACCAAACGUAAGGAUGAAGAGGCUGAAAGUAGUUCCAUUUACAAUCAAAAUGAUCCUUGGAGUCCUAGUGUGAAGUUCUCUGAUUUUAUAAAUAAUGAGGCUAUACAAAACCAGGACUUGGUUGCUUGGAUCACAGUUGGGUUCCUUCAUAUUCCACAUUCUGAGGACCUUCCAAACACAGCCACUCCAGGCAAUGCUGUGGGAUUUUUUCUCAGGCCCUACAAUUAUUUUGACAUAGAUCCUUCGGUGAAUUCCCCAGAUGGAGUUUAUUUCAAGAGUGAACAGGACUAUGGGUCUUGUGAAGUGAACCAGCUUGCCUGCUUAUCUAAAACUGCAUCCUGUUCACCCAACAUUCCUCCUUUCACCUAUGAAGGCUUUAAAUAUCUGGUGAAUUUAUAAUGAAAGUUCUUACUUAUAUCUUAUAUAACUUAUAUCUUAUAUAACUUAACUUAUAUAACUUACAGGUCAAACUCGACAAAUUAGAAUAUCAUGCAAAGUUCAUUUAUUUCAGUAAUGCAACUUAAAAGGUGAAACUAAUAUAUGAGAUAGACUCAUUACAUGCAAAGUGAGAUAUUUCAAGCC